UAUUUUACUGAACGGUUUGUUUGUAAAUGCGAGCAAUUUAUCAAACAUCAUCAAAAUAUAACACAACAACAAGCACAACACAAUAACAAACACAUAACACAACAACAACAAACACACAACCCAACAACAAACACAACGACAUAUACAACAACAAACACAACACAACAAACACACAAAAUCAAUCUCAUCGUCACAACGACCGUGUGACAUUACAACCACAAACAUGGGACUAUCGAGCUCGAUGCCUCUGUCCAGCGAGGAGAUGUCCAACAUUUGCAAGGAGACAGGGUUUUCGAAAGCACUGGUUCUAAGGUUGUACUUGCGGUUCAAAAUUCUCGACCGAAGAUCUGCUGGCUGUCUCGAGCAAGAAGAUUUUCUCAAAGUGGGACACUUCCACAAAAAUCCAUUUCGGGACCGGAUACUGCAGUUAUUUUUUGAGGAGAACAACGAAACGCUGACAGGCGUAACUUUUCCCAAGUUUUUGAAAACUUUGGCUGCAUUCAGACCUGCCGUCGAAAACAAAACUCCGCCGGAUCAACCCAACAGCAGAGAGUCCAAAACAAAAGUGAUGUUCAGGAUGUUGGAUGUGGACAAGGAUGGCAAGAUCUCCAGAUUCGAACUGUUCGAUGCUGUCAAGUCGAUGAUCCACGUGAACAUAAGCGAGGAGGAGCUGUGCAGCAUCGUAGAGAGGGCAAUCCUGGAAGUGGACGAGGACGAAGACGGCAUGGUCAGCUACGAGGAGUUCGUUCAAAUGGUCCAGCAUAUACCUAUUGAAGAAAAAUUCAGUCUGAGAUUUCUACUUACAUAACUUUUUUUAAGGCUAAAUUUGUUUAAAAAGUUUUUCAACUUUGAAUUAUAAAAUUUGCUUAAUUUUGAUUUUUUUCAAAAGCGUGCUCGUGAAAUUCGUUUGCAACUUGAAUGAACGUUUAUUGCCCUUUUUUUGAAACAAUUAUUUUCAUUAUAAAUUAAUUUUUAUAUUUUGUACAAUGACGAUUGGCAUAUCUUUGGUAAUAUUUUGUAACAAUUAUUUUUAAUCUUAAUACUUUUGGUAAAAUAAAAUAUUUAUGUG